AUGACCACCAAACCCAUUAUUGUUUUUGUCCACGGUCCUUGGCAUACUCCACCAUUGUACGCUCCGUUUCGAGCUGCUCUCCAUGACCUAGGCUUUGAAGUCCAUAUUCCAACCCUCAUGACCAUGAAUGGUGUCAGACCCCCAAACGCAGACCUGUACACAGAUUCUACCCUUAUCCGCGAGUACGUGAGCAGCCUGUCGGCACUAAGUAAUGCCUUGGUGGGCUUAGGCAAGCAGAGUCGCCAAAAGCAGGGCCUCUGCGGGGGGAUCUCCCGCCUCGUAUACUUGAGCGGAUUUGCGGUUAGGGAGGGCGAAUUCAUGAUAGAUGUGGUGAGAGAACAUGAUCACAUGUUUAUGAUCCCACCGGCAUUUGACUUCGCAGAUGACGACACCGUCGUCGAUCGUGACCCGAAGACCCGGCUUAUCGGUCAUGGGAUGGAGUCUGACCAGGAGAAGGCCUAUCUAGAAGGGCUAAAGCGGUGGAAUGGCAAGGGCAUGUAUCAGGAACUCCACCAAGUCGCAUGGAGAGAGAUUCCUGUAUCAUAUGUUGUAUAUACCCUGGACAUGGCUGUGCCAAAGGAGUAUCAGAUGUAUAUGAUUGCCUUAAUGGAGGCCAAUGGUCGAGAGGUGGAGGUACUUGAGAUGGAGACCAGCCAUUGCGGCAUGAUUAGAAUGCCCAUGGAGACAGCAGAUAUCAUAAAUGAGAUCGCUGAGAGGCAGCUGGCGAGGGCGUGA